AGUUGUCAGAGCAAAUCUGUGGCAAAGGUGGUAAAUCUGGGCAAAUCUCAGAGCAAUAUUAUUGCUCUGAGCUCGUUGUUGAUUGAUUGAAUUAUAAUAUAUAAUUAAUUUACCUAAAGAAUGUAUUGUGUUGUGAAAAAUUGUAAAAGUUUUUGGAAACCAAAUUCUGAUAUAAAAUUUCACAGUUUUCCAAAAAAUGAAGUCAAAAGAAAAAAAUGGCUGUCCAUAGUGCCUAUCAAGGGUAAAAUGUAUCAACACGCCAGAAUAUGCAGUUUACAUUUUAAGCCUGAAGAUUACGACCCAGGAAAAAAAUUUCUUUUGAAAAAUGUUGUUCCUUUUUACUUACCACAUCCUUGUAACUGCGGUUCAACUGUGAUGACUGAUGAGGCAUGUAGUGAUUGCAUGGAACUUUCUACGAGUACAAAUAUAGAAGAUGAUGGCGAUCCGUUGUCCGUUGACAUGAAUACAACUCAAGACGAAACAACUCUGGAAGAAAGUGAAAGAAAUGAUGCAUGUAGUGAUUGCAUGGAACUUUCUACAAGUAUAAAUGAAGCAGAUAUUAACGAUCCAUUGUCCGAUGACUCAUGUCAGUCGUAUUCAUAUACAACUCAAAAGGAAACAGCUCUGGAAGAAAGUGAAAAAAAUAUUAUAUUAAGGGCAUUGUUGGAACAGAAGAUUGACUCACAACAACAGAAUUCUCAAGCAAAACCCGGACCAUCAAAAGACAGCAUUGCUAAAUUUUUGAGGACAUUGAAACCGAAGAUUGUCUCACAACAACAAACUUUUAGAGCCGGACCAUCAAAGGAUAGCAUUACUGUGAAUAUUGACACACAAGACGAACCACCAGCAAAAAGAGCAUGUUUCAAAGAUUUCAGUGUACAAGUGAAAAUUAAGACUCCUCGUGAGAUAUCUUUACUGAAGAACAAAAGAGCGAUGCAGCGAAAGAUCAAUCGGCAACAGGAAAAAAUAAAAAAGUUGGAAUCUUUACUUUCAACUGUAAAAAAAUAUACGAACAAUACGGAAAUUGAGAAUAUAUUGCAAGGAAACUUUGCUAAUAUUUGCAAAUUGUUUGAUCAAGAGCCCAAAACUAAAGUACUGAAAUACAGCGAUGAAGUGAAAGGGUUCGCUUUGACCGUUCAUUCUUAUUCCCCGCAAGCAUACGAAUAUCUCAGAAAUGUUAUUUCCUUACCGCACACUUCGACACUUUUUCGGUAACCUAUGACAAUGGAAAUGGCUUUUGACCGCCUCCUUGGUACAGUGGUUGACGCGUGAGCGUAGCACUGAGGGGUCCUGGAUUCGAUUCCCGGUGGAGACGAAGAAAAUAAUGUCUCGAUCUGACAGGACACAGAAGGCUGAUCACCUACUUUUCCCUAAAGAAAAUCGAUCAGUGAAACAGAUGUAUAACGCAUUUGCCCCUUACCCCACUAGGGGACAUGGGACUUCACUUUUUUAAGGCUAUGGAAAUUGGAAAUCUCGAUUUUUUGUUACCCGAAUCUGAAAACCCCGAAAAUGGUUGGUAGAACUUUUAAAAGAUAGGUGUUAUUAAUGACAAUUUUAAAAUUCCUGUUUUAAUUUCCCUGAUGAAUCAAUUUCCAGAUGCAAUAAAACCAAAUUUUUAAAA